AGUCGCCGACAGCAGUCCAGCAGCAUGCGGCCAAUCAGCGUCCUGCAGGCGGCCAUCUUGCUGGCGGGUCUCGCGGGCAGCGCCGUGGGGAUGACGGGCCGCGCGCUGGAGAAGGCCAAGGAGGUGGACGCCAAGUGCCGCGCCGAGACGGGCGCCGGGGAGGGCAGCUUCGGCAAGUUCGUGGCCGGCGCCAUCGAGGUGGACGACCAGGUCUUCAAGUGUUUUAUCAAGUGCAUCAUGAACGAGUUGGCAGCGCUCGACCACGCCGGCACCUUCAACCUGGAGGAGGAGCUGCUGAACGUGCCGCCAGAGGUCAAGGAGGAGGGGCACCGCAUCGUGACCGCCUGCCAGCACACCAAAGGAGCAGACCCCUGCGACACCGCCUACCAGCUCCACAAGUGCUACCACGACGCCAACCCAGAGCUGUACAACCGCGUGCUGUCUGUGUGGGACUUCAACGCCGGUGUUUCGUAGAUCUCAGCUUCCACAAAACCCGAAUCACAUCAUGAAGAAGACGACGACUUCGCUCAUCAAGGAUCUCGGCUGCUGUAAAUAUUUUCUUAGUUCAAGGCUGUGCUGUAUUUGCUCUGUAACUUGAUAACUAUUUUGAAUUAAAAAACCAACAAUUGCUUGUUA